UCUUGGUCAGUCUCGGCAACAGCAACAAUUACAUGUAAACUCGGUGGUAGGCACACCAUCGUCAGUGCACGUCGUAGUCAAGAAACAACAAGUGCAGCAAGAACAACAAUGUAUUUUCUAUAUCCAAAUUACUGCGUUUAUCCAAGCUCAUCAAUGGGUGCUACCGUGUCAACGAAACUGCGAAGCGGAAACCGAGCAAACGGUGAUGGUGAGACUUCACGUGCGUUUGGCAGCUCAUCUUUGCCGAUGGAUUUUCGCUGCGCCGCUGUGUCUGGCGAUUACAAGACUUAACCCAGCCCUACCAGUGCUGAUGCGCAAAGCAUUUUCUUUGAUGGUGGCGGCGGCACUUUCAGUAAGACAAGGAAUGCGACGUUUGAUGCAGCUGAUUUACGUAUUAUAUAUAAUAAUAAAGCAGCGCAUUACGCAUUUACAUAUUCCUACUAGUGGUACACAUCAUUGGCAACAGUCGGCUAUAUUACUAGGGGCAACAAACGAUCUAGAACUUCUGUGGUACAAUCAUCAAUUACAGCAGUGGCAUCGGACGACCCCGAAAGAAGAAGUAGGAAGAAUGAGCCUUGCACUUUUUGUAGCAAAAUGUUUUCAAGAGAGCGGGAUCAUGGACGACAUGGAGACACUUCGUGAGAGCCAUGUAGAAAGACAAGACUAGUGUGUACGUGUAGCCUGAAGUGAGCACAUUGUAAAGGGGAAUGUCAGUGAGGUUGCAUUCCGAAUGCCUCGGGAGAUGACAGACCCAUAGUUCGGCGUGUCCAACACUGCU